AUGAAUCUCGCCAAGAUCUGUCUCCUCGCCGCCGCGGCGCUCGCGAACGCGGCGGUGUCUGGGGAAGACACGAAGGGGCCGCGCGGGCCCGUGAUCGGCAUUGACCUGGGCACGACGUACUCGUGCGUGGGCAUUUACAAGGACCAGAAGGUGGAGAUCAUUGCCAACGACCAGGGCAACCGCAUCACGCCGUCGUACGUGGCGUGGGACUCGAACGACGAGCGUCUGAUUGGCGACGGCGCCAAGAACCAAGCGACGAUCAACCCGGAGAAGACGCUGUUCGACGUCAAGCGUCUCAUUGGUCGCAAGUACACGGACAAGUCGGUCCAAUCGGACAAGAAGCUGCUGCCCUAUGAGCUCGUGAACAAGGACGGGAAGCCCUUCAUCCAAGUCCAAGUCAAGGGCGAGACGCGCCAAUUUGCCCCGGAAGAAGUGUCGGCGAUGGUCUUGACCAAGAUGAAGCACAUUGCGGAGGGGUACAUUGGCCGCGAGGUCUUUGACGCUGUCGUGACGGUCCCUGCCUACUUCAACGACGCCCAGCGUCAAGCCACUAAGGACGCCGGUACCAUUGCUGGCUUGACAGUCCAGCGCAUCAUUAAUGAGCCAACGGCGGCGGCAAUUGCUUAUGGCAUUGACAAGAAGGCGCAGGGCGAGAAGAACGUGCUGGUGUUUGACUUGGGUGGCGGGACCUUUGACGUGACGCUGCUGGCCAUUGACGGCGGCGUGUUUGAAGUGCUGGCGACCAAUGGCGACACGCACUUGGGCGGCGAGGACUUUGACCAGCGCAUUAUGCAGUACUUUAUCAAGAAGUGGAAGAAGGACAAGAACAUUGACGUGGCGUCGGACAAGCGCGCGUUGCAGAAGCUGCGACGCGAAGCCGAGCGUGUGAAACGCGCGCUGUCGGCGCAAGCGCAAGCAAGACUGGAGAUUGAAUCGUUGCUGGAUGGCGAGGACUUUACCGAGUCGUUGAGUCGUGCGCGCUUUGAGAAGCUGAAUGACGAUUUGUUCAAGAAGACGCUGGGGCCGGUGGAGAAGGUGAUGAAAGAUGCUGGAUUGAAGAAGUCGGAGGUGGAUGAGAUUGUGCUCGUGGGUGGGUCCACUCGUAUCCCCAAGGUGCAGCAGCUGAUCAAGGACUACUUUAACGGCAAGGAACCUUCGCGUGGAGUGAACCCGGACGAGGCUGUGGCAUAUGGCGCCGCUGUGCAGGGUGGUAUCCUGGGUGGCGAGCAGGAUGAUUUGACCAAGGAUGUGCUGCUGAUUGAUGUCGUGCCGCUGUCUCAGGGUAUUGAGACGGUGGGUGGCGUCAUGACGAAGCUGAUUAACCGCAACACGGUGAUCCCGACGAAGAAGUCGCAGACCUUCUCGACGUACCAGGACAACCAGCCGGCCGUGCUUAUCCAGGUGUUCGAGGGCGAACGCGCGAUGACAAAGGACAACCGUCUGCUUGGCAAGUUCGAGCUGACUGGUUUGCCGCCUGCUCCUCGUGGUGUGCCUCAGAUUGAGGUGACGUUCGAGAUUGAUGCCAAUGGUAUCUUGCAAGUGUCUGCGGAGGACAAGGGUACCGGCAAGGCCGAGACAAUCACGAUCACUGCCGAGAAAGGCCGUCUGUCGCAGGAAGAGAUUGACCGCAUGGUCCAGGAGGCAUCGGAGUUUGCCGACGAGGACAAGCGUGUGAAGGACCGUAUCGAUGGCCGCAACUCGCUGGAGGGCUACUUGUACAACCUGAAGAACAACGUGGAGGGCAAGCUCGACGACAAGCUCGAGGAGGACGACAAGGACACGGUCUUGACUGCUGUACAAGAUGCGAUGGACUGGUUGGAGGACAACCAGGAGGCGGACAAGGAGGACUAUGAGGCCAAGCAGAAGGAGGUGGAGAAGGUUGUGAACCCGAUCAUGUCCAAGGUGUACGAGAGCGGUGCCGCCCAGGAGGACACGUACGAGACUGGCGAGGACGACGAGGAUGAUGAGCACGACGAGCUGUAG